AGAAGUCCUUUCCCACUAUAAAACCCCACACCCCGAUGUAAUAAUAAUGUUCAUAAUACCAAGAAAGAAUUUUCAAGACUCUUUCUUGCAGAUAGGGAGUUUAAAGGCUGAGGACUUUUCAAGAGUUCUGAUUUUUGUUGAUUGAAAGACCUCUGAUUUCUCUCUUUUUUCUGAGACUUAAACAGACAGUGAGGCGUCAUGGAAAACUUGUUGGGACUGCUGAGGAUUAAUGUCCUGAGAGGCAUAAAUCUUGCCAAGAGAGAUGCCACAAGCAGUGAUCCUUACGUGAUUGUUCGGAUGGGCAAGCAGAAACUAAAGACUCGUGUGGUGAAAAAGAACGUUAAUCCCGAGUGGAAUGAAGAACUCACGCUAUCUAUUGCUGAUCCAAAUCUUCCGGUCAAGCUGCAAGUUUAUGACAAAGAUACGUUCUCCUUGGACGACAAAAUGGGGGAUGCGGAAUUCGACAUUAAGUCGUUUUUAGAAGCUUUGAAGAUGCACCUGGAGGAUGUGCCUAGCGGAACCAUAAUCACAAAGGUGAAACCAACCAGGGAAAACUGUUUAUCUGAAGAAAGCACUAUUGUCUGGGAAAAUGGCAAAGUAAUCCAACGUAUGUUUCUUCGACUUAGAAAUGUCGAAUGCGGUGAAAUAGAGCUGCAGUUGCAGUGGAUCGAUGUCCCUGGCUCCAGAGGCCUCUAAGUAUUGUUAUCUUUGCUAAUUGUUCCCCAGUUAAAUGCAUUUUACCCCCUUAAGAUUCUAAGAAUGUCAAAAAAAACCCUGAGCAUGCUCUAUUUUUAUGCUCGUGAGGGGUUUUUUUUAUAUAUUUUUGGAAUUACUGGGGAAUGAAUUGCAUUUAACCCGAUUGUUCUGGCGCGUAAUGAACAAUGAUGUUUAUAUAAUGUUGUGAAAGAAGUCGAAGCUUGUUCAAGGUUUCUCUGUAAAAGUACUUGUAAAUGAGCAUGUAGAGCUUUGUCCUGAAUUUCUCUGACAUGUUUGAUGUCAGAUUUGAGUGUUCAGUGUCUUUGCUUUCAUGGUUUUCGACUUCUCUUCAUGGUUCUUGUGGUAGAUAUUAACAGAUUUAUGAAGUGUGUGCCGGUUUUGAACUCAA